UGCAGAACGGCUCGUGUGUUUUGAUUUCUCAUUCCGAAAGCAUGAGUUGUUUGAAGCAGUCAAAUUUACGAGGUUUUGCAUGUGAGCAAUCAUGUUUGACUCGUUCGGAUGGUUCAGCUACUUUUAACCAAGGUGAAACUACAGUACUAGCUGCUGUAUAUGGACCAGUGGAAGUAAAGUUAUCAAAAGAGCACGUCGAGAAAGCAGCGGUAGAUGUGAUUUAUAAACCCAAAGUUGGAAUACCAGGUUGCAAAGAGAAAGCAACAGAGCAACUCAUUAAGAGCACAUGUGAGACUGUUCUUUUGGUAGCACUGCAUCCAAGAACUGCUGUCGUCAUUGUCCUACAAGAGAUGCAGAAUACAGGCUCUCUUUUAUCAUGCUGUAUUAAUGCAUGUUGCCAGGCACUGAUGGAUGCUGGAAUUAACAUGCGAUGUCUAGUCUGUGCAGUUACUACCACUGUUGAUCAGGAAGGUCACAUUAUUCUCGAUCCAACAUCUAAACAAGAGGAGGAUGGCAAAGCGGUGUUGACUUUUGCCUUUGACAGCAAGACAAAUGGGGUUAUUAUGACAACAACAUCAGGAAUCUAUUCAUCUCAAGAAUAUCAAGAGUGCCUACUCAGUGCACAGCAUGCCAGCGCAAAAAUAUUUGAAUUUUACAGAGACUCUAUAUUAAAAAAACUCUCAAGGGUCUCAUGAUUAGUUAAUAAUAUAGCAAACAGGUGUAUGAUAUUGACGGUUUACAUUACUAAUUUCAUGCAUAGUACAAAAGACGAAAAUGCAUAUAGGCAAUGACUGGUAGAGUUAACAACUGUUGAAUCGUCAGCUAAUAUGCCCCCAUGUCCAACCUGAAACUUUUGUAGUAACAAACUUUAUCAUAAUUAUUGUAUGAUGCUUAUCACACACCAUAGGCUUUGGGAUCACCAGAUCCUGCUACAGUCGCAGUAAGCAAAGGUUAGAGGAUUCACUCCACAUACAGGACAGGGAAAGUUCAAAUCCUGGCUGGAUCUAGUGUGAAGGUCAGGUGAAGGUCAGACCUGUGCACCCAUGUUGUGUUGGAUACUGGAACUUUAGGUCCUGUCCGUGCCACACUAUAGUGAGCUUGCUUAGUUGCAUCUGACAGUAACAGGACUUGCUUGACAUUUGAGUGAUAUAAUUAGUGUGAAAUAUAAGCUGUAGACCAUUUAUGAAAUAUUUUUUUAAUAAAAAUAAAUAUAGACUUACA